AUUCUACGCUCCGUGGCCGGUGUCAGCUUUGAUGGGGUUCAGCCACCGUGUUCUUUGACGGCCCGCUCUCCUUUACCGCUAACUCUUCCCAAAGUAAUUGCUUUCUUCAAUGAAUCUCCCCCCAGAGGACGUGGCCAAAAUAAGCUGGCGAUCGUCCUUCUUCACCCAUCGGUGGAUUUUGGGAAGGAACGCUCUGCGACUCACCCUGUCGCUUCCCUCGUGGGAUCUGCAACUGGGAAGGGCGCCCGACGUCUUCGCCCACCCACGGCCAGCCGAAGGACCGGGAGAAAGGCAGACGAGAACGCGCUGCUACCACCUUCCAGUGGAGAACAGGGGAACAAUACUCGCCCUCUUGAAAUCCUUCCCCCCCACUCCCCCCCCCAGCCUCCCACAACUCCUCCUCUCCUGAGUUGGACCGUCUGGCUGAGUGUUGCAGUCAUUUCCUCCGGAGCAUCUCAUCAACGCCGGCUGCAUUCUGCCACUGAAGGUGCCACCCAGCAGGACACCCCGGUAGAAAAUUCUGCACCGCGAUGGGCAAAGCUGUCAGCUUUAUCUUUUGCAUUACGUUCCUUUUGCUUGGAGAACCUACAAUGGACAGAUGCCGCUGAGGAUGGCGAUUCCCUCCAAAAGGACAGUGUCGCUCUUGGGGCCGGAGGAAAGGAUGUACCGACAAUCUACGUCACAACUAUUCUGGAGAACCCCUACGCGAUUGUCCGGGGCACCGAGUUAGAAGGCUACUGCAUCGACCUGUUGCAGAAGCUGUCGGAAAUGCUUCACUUCAAAUACAAAGUUGGGAUCGUGAAGGACGGGAAAUACGGGAGGCUCAGUUCCAACGGGAGCUGGUCUGGGAUGAUCGGAGAGAUCGUGAGGAAGGAGGCUGACCUCGCCGUGGCUCCCUUGACCAUCACGUCGGUCCGCGAGGACGUGGUGGACUUCACCCAGCCGUUCCUGCACACGGGCAUCGGCAUCUUGCUGCAGAAAGAAGCCGCCUUGGAAGGGGCCUCGCUGUUCCACUUCCUGUCCCCUUUCACCAAGGAGACCUGGGCUGGGAUCCUCCUGGCCUACCUGCUCUCCAGUCUCUGCCUCUUCCUGGCUGGAAGAAUGAGCCCUUCCGAAUGGGACGGAAACCAGGAGAACAACUUCACCUUCCCGAACAGCCUCUGGUUCGGCGUCGGGGCGCUCACCCUGCAAGGCACCGUCCCUCAGCCCAGGUCGCUGUCCGUCAGGGUCAUCUCUGCCGUCUGGUGGCUGUUCGGCAUCGUGGUGCUGGCAGCCUACAUCGCCAGCUUCAGCUUCGUCCUGGAGUCGGACAGUGACCACCUCUUCAUCCAGAACUUUGAGGACCUGGUGAAGCAAAGGCAGCUGGAAUUCGGGACCAUGGAAGGAUCCUCCACGCUCCAGUAUUUCAAGAAUUCCAAGAGUCCCGUCCAGCAGCUGGUCUACGAGUCCAUGGUCAAGAAGGAAUCGGUGCUGACCAAGAGCUACCAGGAAGCCAUUCAGCGAGUGCUGGAUUCCAAUUACGCCUUCAUCGGGGAGUCCAUUUCGCAAGAUCUGGCCGUGGCCCAGCACUGCAACUUAGUCCGCUCCCCAGAGGUGCUGGGAGCCCGAGGUUUCGGCAUCGCCACCCCAAAAGGAUCCCCCUGGACCAGCAAGCUCUCGGUGGCCAUCUUGAAACUCGGGGAGUCCGGAGACCUGGAUUACCUGCGCAGCAAGUGGUGGGAGAGCAGCUGUCCCCACGAGGAGCACGACAAGUGGAGGCCUCUGAAGCCCCAGGCCCUGGGGGGCAUUUUCCUCCUGCUGGCGCUCGGCCUCCUCACGGGAAUGCUGGCGGCCGUGUUCGAGCUGUCCAGACGAAGCCGCCGCACAGCCGAACGGGAGAAGAAGUCCUGCUGCUCCGUGUUCACCCAGGAGCUGAGCCAGCGGUUCCAGAGGCCAGAAAUCCCGAGGCAGGGAAACGCAGAGAAAUCAAAGGCGUGAAGAAGAAGCAGGAGGAACCCAUGGCCAAAUUUUCAAGGAACUCUUUUCUUUUUUCCAUCUCUUUCCUUUUUUCCUUCCUACGCGUUCUGUAAAAGCACACUUAGGCUAUUUUUUUUCUCCCCUCUCCAGUAACGAUUUUUAUAACCCUUAGCGGAGUUUUUGGCAAAGGUAGGGCACACAUCUGGGCAAAAAAUAAAAAAUAAAGAAAACUAGCAUAGCUUCUCGAUGCCAAGGCAAAUCCUUCCUCCCAUUAGACCACGGCGUCAUCAGCUAACCCCGGUUUCGGCAUCUUAACUUUUCUAACAUUCACCACGGUAGCAGUUGUGGCCCGACUGAUUUUUUUUGUCCGGGGAGGCGGGGGGGGGGGCACAGCUCGCUGUCCUACCUAAAGAGAAGACAGGGAGGGUCCCGGUACGUACAAAUUGAGAAGGGGCUGCCCGCCGAGCUUCGUGAUCGCAAGGACAGGUUUCUAGUCCUCAUUGACAGAUUGUCAGGCAGCGUGCCCGAGAUGGGGGCGGUGACUUUCCAGACAGUUCCUUGAAAUUCCUCCAGAGGGGCGGAGUCAGAAUGUAAAAAACGUGCUAAAUUUGUGAGUGGGGAUCCUGUCGGCUUUUUUCCUUGGCCUAGAUUUCAUGAUAAUUAGCGGAAAUUGUACACACACACACACAUACCCAUUGCAAAAGGAAGAGGGUCUUUUUUUUUUUUCCAAACCCCACCCCUCACCGGUUUAAAGAAGGAUCCACACACACACGCACACACACACUAUCUCCCAGCAAGGGCGAAAGCAAUGUCUCUCCUGGAUGGAAAUCAAAGUCCUCCCUGCAAGGUGGGACAGCACAGACAGACUGCAAGCACAGCACAGGAUCGGUGGGGGCUUCUAGGAGUUACAAGUGACUAAAUAAAAAGAAUAUUGUGACAAAAA